AUGUGUACCAAAAGUGUGUUGCUUACGGAAUUUUUCACUCUCGUAUGGACCCUCGACUUUUCGGAUUUUAAGAUUCUCAUUUCUCACCAACUUAUCAUUUCUAAUCUUAACAUUAUACUGCUGUUGCUGUUGGUAAUCUACGUGUUUGUUUCAUCCAGUAUGGCUAGUUUAAGUACAAUUCAGAGCAAUGCUAUGAAUGUCGAUCCAGACAUUAGAUACAUGGCUAUAAAAGAUUUCCAGAAGUAUUUGCUACUGUCUCCUCAAGUGUCUGUGAAAAAUGUGGAAAAGUUGAUUCCCAUCUUAUUCCACCUCUUGAAUGACUCCAAUGCUGACAUUCAAAGUCAAACUGUAAAGACGUUUGCGCCCAUGAUAAUCUUUAUGACUACACCGAAGACAAUUGAUAUCAUAAAUAAACUAUAUGAGUUGGUGGAAAAGGAGAAUCAACCGGGAAAUAGCAAGAAGAUAACCAUCUCAAUUCCAAAUAUGGCGCUUAGAACAAUCUUCUCUUCAGAUAUUAAAUUCUCGUACCAAACAUCCAGAAACGUGUUGGAUUCUUUACUUCCUCAAAUCACUGCCACUGCGGCCAACAUUGGGAUGACUUUUGAUUCCAUUGAGGUGUUAACUUACUUGAUUAGGUCCGUUGGAGAGGUUUUGACCAUCGCAGAGCUUCGGAACUUGUCUGACUUUUUAAUAGGUGUAGUGUACAACGAAUACGGGAUGAUUUGUAAAAGAUCUGUAAUAGUUUUAGAUAACCUAUUGGGUUACAUCACUGAAGGAAAUGGGGGUGAAAAUGAGGAUGAAGCAGCUAGGUUGAUAAACGACUUGGUCCUUUCCAUUGAUGGGUAUAACAGUAAAACUAAUAGAGCAGACAAGGACUCAUUGAGCCUUUCAUUAUACUCUAUUGUGUUGAAGAACUCGGUGUCCAAUUCCUCCUCAUUCCUCCUAUCUACAUCCUCCAUUCAAUUCAUUUGGGAAAAGAUUGACGAAGCUUUAAAUUUGGAUGAAAUAAACGUGGAAGUGGAUCCAAACUCUUUUGACUAUGAUCUUCUUGUUCAGCAAAGUUCCCACAGAGAAGAUGGGCUUCUUUUGUUGAACACAUUUAUAAGCGAGUUGACAUUCUCCUUAUUAGAACCAUAUUGGGGCAGAAUCUAUGAGUACAUUAAGGCAUUUAUGAAGUAUGAUCCUUUGAACUUUGGAGAUAACGAUGACGAAGGUGAUGACGAUUUUGUUAAUGAUUUAGAUUCCGAUAUAGAAUUCUCUGAUGACGAAGUCAACGAAGGGUAUAAUGAUGAAAACUUCAAUGAUUGUACUUGGAAACUUAGAAAGCAAUCUGCAAUUUUAUUAAAAUUGAUCACCCAAAACUUCUCCAAACAGUUGUUAUCGUCCAUUUAUUCCAAUUUUGUCACCCUGGAUUACCUUUUGUCAUCAGUAAACGAUAGAAGCGAUGUGGUAUCUGAUGAAAUCUUGGUUACCUUAAUAACAAUUUUCAACCUGACAGCCGCAUCGUCUGGUGCUGCUACUUCAGCUAAAAGGCAGGAAGCACGCAGGUCUUCAGAUAUGAGUAUGCUUAAUGAAUCAGAUCCCACCAUACAAUUGCUUGACAUAUUACCACUAUUGGAAAAGAGGUUAUUUGAAAACUUGUUUAUCGAAAAGAAAAUCAACAGAUUUCCCAACUUUCUCAAACUUAUUGAAAGUAUAACCAAAAAUGGUGGUAUUCUUUCAACUGAAUUCUUGGAGAAAUUGUAUAAUGUUUUCCAAACAUUAAACAUUAAAACUGGCGGUAAUAGUGAAUAUUUGAAUUUAUACAAAGCCAUCUUGAGUAGCCGUGUUGAGGAAAUCCCUCAUAAAUUGGUGGUUCACAUUGCCAAUGAUCUUACCAAUUCAAUUAGGAACGAAAAUUCAUAUCAUAAUAUAAUUAUGGAGAGUUUAUCCACGGCCAUCACUUUAUUCAAAAGGUUUAAAGGUAAGUUAGAUGUCGAUGACAUAGAUCUCAGUGGGAUGCAAAACGCAAUCAUAGACAAAUGUCACAACAAGGCAUAUUCUGGGGACUUGAGACAAAGAUCAAUAUUAACCUUGUGUCAAUUAGUCUAUAACAUAAAAUUGCAUCUGACAAUGGUCACAAAAAGUCUUGAGGUUUUUGAAGAAAGUCUCAACUAUGAAGCCACUGUUAAGAUUACUCUAGAGUCUUUACUUAAAGUUUUCGAUCAUGAUUGUGUUAAUGAAAUUGGAAGUAAUGGAGAAAGUGGCACAUUUGAACUUAAGCUAAUUGAAAAAUUUGUUUUGUUCAUUAAUUCUCUAGAUGAUUCAUUAUAUUAUAAUACUCUUAAGGCGUUUGUUGUGGUUACUGAACGAUUGCAAGGCCCAUUGCUGGUCGGAAUUCCACCCACCACAAUUACCUCGCUUCUUUCUUUCUGUAAAGUUGCAGAUAUGAAGAACCUUUUGCUCACUUUUAAAAUAUUCACAAAUUUACUUGUUGAUGAUAAUGUUACUGUUAGCAAAGAAUUUAUUCAGUCAAUUAUCGGAAUUGUUGACAAUAGAUUUGAAAGGGAACAACAAGUUGAGAUUGAAUAUGACUUGCAGGACUAUGAACUGUUCAUUAAGCUGUUGUGUAAAAAGAUGAACCCUCAAGCAUUAUUCAAUGAGUUUUAUGGCCAAUUAGAUUUAGAUUUAUUUAUCUCUGCUAUCACUUUAUCAAUCAUUAGCACAGAAGGUGGACUCUUGGACAUAAUAGAGAAGUUUGAGUUGGAAUUGGCAAGUAAUGACAACAUUUUAUUUAAUAUCCAAUUUUUGGGUGUGGUUAGUUCUACUGUGGAGCUAAAGCAUACCAACUUGAGUACAUUCCAGAAAUUUUUUGAUCAGGCAUAUCCGGAUACAAUCAAGAUUGCAAGUGCAAAAUCUAUUGGUUUGUAUACAAUCAGAGAUGCAGAGAAGUACUUACCUGGUUUGUUGCAACAAUAUAAAGAAGUGAAACAACAGAAUAGAGAAUUAAUACUAGUUGCUUUAAAAGAAGUACUACUUAAUAGUUCUGACUUAGGAGAUGAAAUAAUUGACCAAAUAUGGAUAAAUGUUUGGGAACAACAACAAAACCUCACUGAGGAAGAGUCUGUGAAUAUAAACAAAGCAGAAGCUAAAUAUGUUGGCGAUAUAUUGUCAAAGAUCUGCAGUAUUAAGAGGUUCUACUUGAAUGUAUUGAUCGACAAACUUGAGCAUGAAGCUGAACUAACUAAUUCAACAAGGUAUGUCCUUAUUGUUGUCUUGAAACAACUCUUAUCGAAUUCUGCCAAUCCUUCCAGUAAUGCUUAUGAAGAGUUGAACUCAGUAUCUGACACUCUUAUUCUUCAGUACUUCCUCAAAUCUUUAAAGUUUUUUAAUAUCAUCAAUAUUCCAAUAAAGCAGGCAUUAAUUGGUACCUUGCUCACUGGUCUUCACAAUAAACCCUUAUUAAUUUACCCAAUAUUACAGGAUGAUAUCUUACCGUUUAUUUACGAUGAAUUGGAAGCAAAGUUGGAGUUUAGAAAAACUAUCCCUAUGGGCCCAUAUAAGUACAAUAUUGACGAAGGUUUAGAAAUAAGAAAGUUAUCAUACGAAUUUCUUUAUACUAUUCUAUCCAUUGAUAUUAAUUUGAAUUCCACCUAUGGAGUAAAAUAUAUUGAAAUAGUGAACAAUAUUUUAGAGAAGGGUUUCAAAGAUACUGAAAAUGAUAUAAUUAUCCUUUCUUCGGUCAACUUGACUACAUUCAUAAAUAAGUCUCCAGAUAUUUUAAAUGAGCAAGACAUUUUGGAAAAGUUAAUCGAACAAAUUACACUUGCCUUGAGCAAAAAAUUGAAAGCAAAGCCAAGCAAACAAGAGAGUGAAAGUUACGAAGAAUGUCAGAAAUCGAUCUUGAGCUUAUGUAAGAUCAUCAAUACAAUCUUAUCGAACUCCUCGGAGAAUAAGAAUACAAGAAAGAUAAAUAUAAGAGGAGGACAGCUUCAAAAGUGGAACACUUACUACAUUAAUGAAGUGAAAAGAAAUUUUGAAAUCUGA